AUGCGGUCUCUAUCACCAGGAGACCCUGUUUUCUUCUACGCCGCUAUAGACGAACACGACCGUGUCAUAGAUCCACCAAAUAACACCGCCAUCAAAGAAUUUCUGAGAAGCAGCCGUAUACCCACAGCAGAGCAGACACGCAAGGAAACUCUUUUCAUGGAGGGAGUCAUGGUCGAUGCGACAGAUAGAAAUCUCGUCUGCAUCUUCUUCGACGUGAAAGAUACAAAUUACGUCUCUGAACUCGUCCUUUCUUCCCUUUCCCAACUGGAAAAAAGGUACCAGGACGUCGCCGAGGACCAUAUUGGCCCCCCGACACGUUUCUUCUUUACCGAUGAGAGCGUUUGA